GUAGGUAUAAACUUCUAAAUUUGGAAGCUUCUAAUAUAUACUUUUUUUAGGUUUUUCAAUUUUAAUAUGGAUUGGUGCACUUCUGUGUCUGAUUGCUUAUUUGAUCGAAAUGACAAACAAAAUAAAUCCGUCUUAUGAUAAUUUAUACUUGGGAUGUGUGUUAAUUGCUGUUGAUGUUAUUUGCGGACUAUUCAGUUUUUACCAGAAUUAUAAAAGUUCCAAGAUUAUGAAGACAUUCAAUAGUAUGAUACCAGUAUAUGCCAAUUGCGUACGUGAUGGUGUAAUGGAUUCAGAAACACCAGUACGCAAUUUGGUUAGAGGUGAUAUCGUGGAGGUUAAAGCUGGAGAUAUCGUACCUGCAGACAUACGAAUUAUAGAAAGCAAGGGUUUCAAAGUCGAUAAUUCCUCAUUGACCGGAGAAAGUAUUGCAGUCCUUCGAGCAAACGUUGAAGGAACUUCAAAUAUUCUUGAAUCCCCAAAUGUGGCUUUUUUUUCAACACAAUGUGUCGAAGGUUGGGCUUUAGGAGUCGUGUUAUGCUGUGGAGACUUGACAGCCUUGGGUAGAGUGGCUGGCCUAGCGGCUCGACUAAAACCCGCCUUAUCUCCAUUGGCUCGGGAGCUCAAAAGUUUUAUGCGUUGUAUGUCUUUAUGGGCUCUUUGUCUUGGAUUUUUUUUAGCCAUUGCAUCUUUAAUAAUAGGAUAUCCUUUCAUGCAGACAAUAAUUUUUGUGAUCGGUAUCAUUGUUGCGAAUAUUCCUGAAGGCUUACAACCUACAGUAACAGCUUCGCUAACGUUAACGGCUCAGCUAAUGGUGAAGAAGCAAUGUCUUGUUAAGAACUUAGAUGCGAUAGAGGCUUUAGGAGCAUGCACUACCAUUUGCUCGGAUAAAACUGGUACUUUAACUCAGAACAAGAUGUGUGUACAUCACAUUUGGAUGUGGAACCAAACAUACAAUGUGUCAAAGAUAGAUUCCGAAAAAAACAAUAAAGUUUUCCAGAGUUUGACGAUAUGUGGAGCUCUCUGUAGUACCGCUAGCAUUCAAAGUGAUGGUAAUAUAAGCGGCGAUGCCUCAGAAAAAGCUAUUUUAAAUUUUUUGAUGGAGCACGACAAUCCAAUGACCAUUCGUGAUAAUUUUCCUAAAGUCGCAGAAAUACCUUUUAAUUCUGCAAAUAAGUACCAAGCCAGCGUAUGUCUUAACAAAUAUGAUUCAAAAUUUGUAGUACUAAUGAAAGGAGCACCUGAAUAUAUAGCCAAUCGAUGUGCUACCAUCGCCCUAAAAACAGGAAAUACCUCAUUAACAACGGAAAUGAUGAAAGUGGUAGAAUUAGCUACUGAAAAACUGGCCAACAGCGGUGAGAGGGUGUUAGCAUUUGCUGAUUUAACAUUGAAUACGAAAGAAUUUCCAAUUGACUUUGAAUUUGACAUAGAUAAUAUUAAUUUUCCACUGGACAAACUACGAUUUUUAGGACUUUUAGGACUUAUGGAUCCUCCUAGACAAGAGGUUGGUAAUGCAAUACGUCGUGUACGCGAAGCUGGUGUCCGAGUGAUGAUGGUAACUGGCGAUCACCCCGCCACGGCCCGAGCAAUUGCUCAUGAAGUCGGCAUCGCUACAUCAGAAAACUGUUAUAUUAUCACAGGCACUGAACUGCGAGAUAUGAGUUCAGAUGUACUGAACUGGACUCUAGAAAAAUAUUAUGAAAUUGUUUUUGCCAGAACUUCCCCGACCCAAAAACUUCAGAUAGUUGAAGCCUGUCAGAGCAGAGGUGAUGUGGUGGCGGUGACUGGUGACGGAGUCAACGAUGCGCCUGCCCUGAGGAAAGCCGACAUUGGCAUUUCUAUGGGCCUUACCGGAUCCCAAGUUUCUAAGCAGACUGCCGACAUUGUUUUAAUGGAUGACAACUUUGCUACUAUCGUUACUGGAAUAGAAGAGGGAAGAAAAAUAUUUGACAAUCUGAAAAAAUCUGUUUGCUACAUACUAAUUUCGAAUGCGCCCGAAAUACUUCCCGUUCUGAUGUUUAUAUUAUUUUCAAUACCACUGCCAUUGGGAGUAAUGACAAUAAUAUGCGUUGAUUUAGGGACUGAUAUGUGGCCAGCUGUAUCUUUAGCUUACGAAUCCGCAGAAUCUGACGUAAUGGAUCGGGUUCCUCGUAAGUCCGAGAGGCUGGUCUCAGCGAGAAUGUUGAGGCAGGCGUACGGUCAUUUGGGACUUAUGGAAUUCGCUGCCGGCAUGUACGCUUACUUCAUAGUAAUGGCUGAGCACGGAUUUUAUCCGGCUGCAUUGAUCGGUAUUCGAAAGAAAUGGGACAAUGUAGCUAUAAAUGAUCUCGAAGACUCUCUAGGUCAAGAGUGGACUUAUGCUGAAAGAAAAGAACUGGAACGAGCCGCCCAAGCAGCAUAUUUCGUCGCGAUAGUUGUAACACAAAUGACUAAUGGAAUAAUUUGCAAAACACGAUUCAAUUCGUUUUUUCAAGUUGGAAUGAAGAACAGAAUUUUAAAUAUGGGACUGGUCUUUGAACUUAUUCUUGCAUGUUUACUGUGCUAUAUUCCUGGGUUGAGCAAUUUUUUUCAAACAUAUCCAAUACGAGUGAGAUGGUGGUUUUUGGCUAUACCUUUUGCAGUGCUCAUGUUUGUGUUCGACGAAUUCCGAAAAUAUUGCAUCCGUAAUGUUAUGUACAACGGAUGGUUUAAUAAUCUUUCAUAUUAUUGAUUUUAUUAAGAACAAAAUGGAAAUAAAUAAAAAUACAAUAUACA